CCCCGUCGAUCUCUAGUCCCCUCCUUCCGUCGUCGUCUUCGCUCGCAAGGAGCAUCAGCAUCAGCCAAUGGCGGCCGAGACGUACGUCACGUAUGUCGCCUUCGAGGGGCACGACAUCAAGACCACCGUCACGUCCUCCGGCACAGCCGUCGAGCGCUGGCUCCAGGAGAUCCGCUGCAUGUACCGCUGGGUCUACCACAAGCUCAUCGUCGGGCUGGACGUGGAGUGGCGCCCCAGCUACAGCCGCGUGCAGAACCCGGCGGCGCUCCUGCAGCUCUGCGUCGGCCGCCGCUGCCUCAUCUUCCAGCUCCUCCACGCCGACUACAUCCCCGACGCCCUGGCUGAGUUCCUGGCCGACCGCAGCUUCCGUUUCGUCGGCGUAGCCGUGCAGGGGGACGCCAACCUCCUCAGCAAAGACCACCACCUCCAGGUGGCCAACACCAUUGACCUGCGCGGCCUCGCGGCGGACAGGAUGCAAAUGCCCCGGCUCCGUCAAGCCGGGCUCAAGGGCAUCGCAAGCGCCGUCAUGGGGGUCAACAUCGAGAAGCCACGCAACGUGACUAUGGGGCCGUGGGACGCCUACGAGCUAUCGGAAGAGCAGAUCGAGUACGCCUGCAUCGACGCCUUCGUCUCCUUCGAGGUCGGCCGGAAGCUGCUCACCGGCGACUACUCUCAUGUACACUGCCUUGCCGCUGUCGAGGACUACACUUCUGACGAGGACUACACCUCUGACGAGGACUGAGGUAAUGGACGCACUGCGUGGUUCCUGCAAACUCUACCUUCUACCUUAAGUGCUAGUGCGUUCGUGGUCUCGUAGCAUUAAGCAGUACUAUGGUUUACGAGUUUAUGGAUCUGUAAUGGAUCAACGGAAGCAGACAGACAUUAGUGUUGAUCAGAACUUCCUUGUCUUUCUUUUGCUCGUGCUCAACUAUUGAUCUGUAAUGAAAAAACGGAAGCAGACAUACAUUAAUAAUGAUUAGGACUCCUUUUACUGAA